UUCUCAUACCACUAGCCACUCCUUUUCCUCCCAUUUCUGCAGAGAGCACCAAACACAGAACAAAAGCAUCACUUCCCACCCACCACUAGAAAAAAAAAAAAAAAAUGGAAGAUCUUCUCUACCACUUCACCUUCCUCUCAAACGAGGCACUCCAAGACAAGGCCUUCGAUCCCUCCACCAUCGAUGACCUCAUGAAGCUCUUCGAAUUGGAGGCGUACAAGCAGUGGGCAGCAGCAGAGCUCGAACAGGAACAAGAAGUCGAGGAAGCAGAGGACUCCAUGAGAGAAGCCGAGGACCACCUCGACUCAGUCAUGGAAAGCGCCAUGGAAGAGUUCCGACGAUUCGAGGAGGAGAUGGAGCGCGCGUCCAUGGCUGAGCUGCACGGGUUGGUUCAGGUUGCAGAGAGGGCGAGGAGGAUGGGGAAGUCGAUGGAAAACGCAGCCACCAUUGCUUCCAAGAAGUAUAUUGAGGCUGCACUCAAUUCUGCUGGUGCAUCCAUGAAAUCGGCUUGGAAGGGACUCUCUGCUCAUUCUAAAAAGGUUCAUCCUUCUUGAUUGAAGAGUCCUUUCUUGUUGUCAUCAAACAUGUUGUGGGAUAUGUAAUUGAUGAAGUCAAUUUUACUUGAUCCAUGAAUGGGUAAGAUUAUAUAAGUACCAGAUCCAUAUAUUGAUCUCUUGGAAUAAUUUAAUUAAAUGAAAUUUCAAGGAAAAGUUAUUUUUACAUCUGA